AUGAAGCUAAGUGUGGAUUCCUUCUUGAGCUCUUUCAAGAAGUACUCCGCCGCCGCAAAGAACAAGAAGAAGGGCAGGCGCGCCAUCGCUCGAACCGACGCUUUGAACGCGUCUUCUUCUUCUUCUUCCGCUUCUUCUUAUUCGGAAGAGUACUCGACGGCGACUGGCCUCCAAACAACGCCGAGAUCCGUCCUCCAAGCGGCCCACGGAAAGACGCCGCUUUUUCUCUUCCCUGAUGAGGUCUCCUUGCUUGACCUGUUCAACAUGUUCGACUGCGACGGGGACGGCAAGAUCACGAAGCGGGAGCUGGAGGCGGUGCUGCGGCGGCUCGUCCCGGACGCGCCCACCGCGGAGGAGGUGGCGUCCAUGGUGGCGGAGAUGGACCGCGACGGCGACGGGUGUAUCAGCCUGGACGAGUUCGCCGCCCUCGGACCCGCGCUGGCCGCCAGCGCCGGCGGCGGAGAGUCCGAGCUCCGUGAGGCGUUCGCGGUAUUUGACGCUGACGGGGACGGCAAGAUCUCGGCGGAGGAGUUGCUGGGCGUGUUCGCUACGCUGGGCGACUGCGGGUGCACGCUCGAGGACUGCCGCCGUAUGAUCGGCGGCGUCGACGCCGACGGCGACGGCUUCGUGGGCUUCGAGGACUUCGUGCGCAUGAUGGACGGCCAGAUACGUCGAUGACCAAAAUGGAUGGUGGUGAUGGGCGGAAGGAUGGUUUUGUGAGACAAAAUGUGAAAAAGACCAAAGGGUUGGGUGCGGAUCAAUCAACGCGAUGGAAUCAAAGAAAAACGUUAGGUUUGUGGCUUCUUCGUGUACAAAUAUCUUUAAGAAUUACUCAGAGGUUUCUUGGCUUUAUUUCUCCAUCAGUUGUUAUUGGUAUGAUGAGCGAAUAUGGAGAAGGAACAGCCAUGUUGAACGAAUAUGACGAGGAUGAUGAUGGCUCACACAAGGUUUUAGCCUUCAAGUUUCCA